CCCCACAACAGGCCAAGCAAAACUUGGCCUCUACUUGUACAAUAAUUGUCAGCGUGUUGGAGAGUUUCACUAUUGUUGGCGACAUUGUGUCCAUCUUUUUCUUUUCUCGCAUCGCUGUAUAUCAUAUUGCACCAGAAACUCUACUCUUCAUUUGAAAGGCCUUGAACUGUCUUCAACUAUAUUUCUAUACUGCUCUCUGUGAAUAAUGCAGGUUUUAACAGCAUUUAAAGAAGUAUACCACCCUGAUUGCUUCCGCUGUGCUGUAUGUGGUGUUUGCCUGGAUGGAAUUCCUUAUGCUGGACAACAUGAUAAGGUCUACUGCAUCAAGGACUAUCACAAAUUGUUUGCACCACCAUGCUCAUCUUGUGGAAACCCAAUUAUUCCCCAACCUGGAAAGGCAAAGAAUGUUCGAGUGUUGGUCAAGGAUAGAUACUACCAUGUGAGGUGUUACAGAUGUGAGGUAUGUGAGUGUAUCAUCACUCAACAUUAGGAGUCUUUGAAACCACUUCCAAGAACCAAUGGUGUGAAACUGACACGCAACGAGGUAACGAAGUAAAAAGGCAAAGCAUAGCAAACACACCCACGGCAGUUGAGCUGCCCUGGGCAGGAUUGGAACCCACGGCGCUCUGUAUUCUGGGUGAGCACUCUACAAACUGAGCUAACAAGGCAACUCAGCUGUUAGGGGCUCAAAUCUUCACCACAGUAUUACACAAAGGCAACGUUGAACUAAUUGGCACAGUAUACUCUCACUUAGUAUAUACGUAUGGGCGCACACCGGGGUAAUUAAACCACCAAACACACCCAGUAUAAUAUGCAUCUGUCAACGAGGUUUAUUCUGAUCAAAACAAAGAAAGUAUUUUGUGCAAAGUUAAUGCAAUUCAUCACCCUUCUAUGCGUAGACUUAAGCACCAGCUGCUAGCCCAAGGAAAUGUUAACAGAACAAACAAUAUAUUGGGUUCUCCAUGGCUGUUUUGCACUAAGAUGUCCAGUUCCAAGGUGGAACGUUUUUGAAUCUGUGGAUUGGAUGAUACUUUUCGUUAGCACCUUUUGGAGAUAUUUUGGUGCAGGGGCACUGACUACGGCUUCCUAUAUCCGAAGUAAGAAUAAUAUUUGUCCGAAGUAACUAUUCAAAGGAUGAAAUUCAGUCACAUAUUUUUGUGACUUCUCGUCCAAUAGGAGAUGCUGAUAGGUCUGGUAAUUUUGAAAAUGGCAAACAUUCUAUAGAUUACAAAUCCUUAUUUUCGCUCUUCUGUAGAAUUAUGGUGUUGCCACCAAGAAUAUCAGUGUCUUCAAGCUCAGUCAGCUUCAGCAUGAAAAAUCACUACAGUGCAAAUGUUUGGGUUGAUGUGGAAAAUGAUUUGCAUGUGCAUAAAUAAUUAAUGGACCGGGCCUAAUCGCACAUGUCAACGGACACAGUUUCUCGCUCUUCUAUGGGUAGGUAUCACAAGGCAGUGCUUGUUCGUAUGCCAUAUAUCUCUCAAACGCAGUUCACUUUGCCAUAUUUUGCAUUGUUCCGAAGCCAUUUAUAUCACCAGGGGCGGAUCCAGGGAGGGGAUUGAGGGGGUUGCAACCCCCUGUUUCGUAAAGCAAGGACGCCAAGAAGCGGACCACUGACACUGACCUGAAAAUCAUUGAUUAUGUAGGUUGAGCGCACCACCACGGGGCAAGCAGCGCCCCCCAAAAGUUCACGCGCUGUUACUCUGUAACAUCCAAAACAGAGAAGCAUCCGAGUAGCUACGUACGUCUUAUAAUGUGCUAACCGCGCCCGCUCUCUGAGGCCCUACGUGUGCAUGCGCAAGUAUUAUAUAUUUACAACCCCCAGUUAUCAUCAUAUGCUGGAUCCGCCUCUGAUCACUCAUAGGCUGCUUUGUAGCCAGUAGUGGCCAAUAGCUGCGGACAAACUGACUUACACACAGGGACCAAGCGUUUGACUCUCGCGGCGCAUAUGUGCCAAGGUUAAUAAUGAACAGUACUAAGUGGGAGCCAGCUACGAGAUUGAGGGGUAGGUUGCUGCUGGAAGGUAUUAGGGAUAGAGGUAAAUUGAGCAAACUGUAUCAACGUGGUUAACAAUAAAGAAAACAUUCAUACCCUGGUCCUUGGAAUCGCUACUCCGGUGUUGGGCAAUUGUGUCAUAUUCAAGUCAGGGCUGUGGUUGGAUGGUGUGCGUCAACUGUUGUCCAUAAGUUUGAAAUUUCGUAUUUUGUGGUGGUACAUACAUAGCUGUUAUAAUUAUGAUCUCAGUUGUCAUUUUUUUAAAUAUAGGACUGUGGAAUGCUGUUUGCUGGCUCAAAGAAACAGUGCUUCUUGAUAGAUGGCCAUUUGUUUUGUCCUAAAUGCCAAACUCUUCAUGUAGGGUUUGUUCAAACUACGAUUCUAUAGCCCAUUCGGAAAGUUUUUAUCGAAGUUAUUUAUGCUAUUUUUAUCCAAGAUGUUUCUUCA